AUGAUAUACACUGACCAGCGGUACACAUCUAAUGCAGCGGUGGAGAAGGCCAAUGCUGUGAAGGCGCCGCAUAUGCUAGCGCCCACCGCGGUACAGUCAGAGCCGGCUCGCACUCGUCGUAAAGCACGUGUACCUCUCAUCGACUUUGAGGAGGUCCUUGCUGCACCAGCCUCAGUCCCUGAGCCACGCACCGAACAGCCGCAUCAGAGUACCACUGGCAGUGGUAAUACGCAGCCUAUCCUCAAGUCUGCCGUCGGGACCCGUACUCUCGCCUCGAAAGGAUCUCUUGCAGAACCUGCGGCUGAUGAGGGUGCCGACAGUGACGGGGAGGAUGAGGUGUCUGAAGAGAACUCACAGAGUGACGAGGACAACGCCGAGCUCUCUGAGUCUGAAGACGAUCUUGAGGGACGUGCACCGGCUGCAUUGGGAGCUUCUCUGGCCGCAGAGCGCGCGGUCUGGUCAGGUCGCUCAACGGCAACAGGGAAGGGAAAGGCACGUGCUGUCGAUGCGGAAGAGUUUGUUGUCGAUGAAUCCAGCAACGAGAGUCAGCGUGGGUCCGACGAGGAUGAGUAUGAUGAUGAUGAUAUGUAUGCCGUCGAGGAGGAGCACGAGAUGAUGGAGACGAGCGAUGUGGGGUUUGCUGGACCAAGUUCAACGAAGGCAGCGGCCACUGCCAGCAAAAACAAGGCCCCAACGAAACGCGACUUGAAGAGUGCGCUCGAGCAACCUGCCUGGAAACCCGUUCAGUCGGCGACCUCCACGUCAGCUCCAUGCGCCCUUCAGAUCUGGACUCCUGUCGCCUCUUCCAGCACACCAUCGACUGCAGCCACGCCUGCCGUUCCCGGAACCAUCCCCGUCACUCUGCCUAUCGCCCCGACCACUGCAGCAGCUCAGCAGGCCGUCACGGUCGUCGCCGGACCCGCAGCAACUCUCGCAGCAGAACAUGCCAUCGUUCCUCCGGUUGCAGUCGCUCCUGUCGCCAUCGCCGCUCCGACAUUUCUCGCUCCUCAUCAAGCUCAAGCGCCGCCUCCUCAGCCCUGGCCGCUUGUUAUGCCUGCACUGCUCCCCCCUGCUGGUCACGACUACGAGUACGAGUCCGACGAUGAAGGCCUCGAUAACGAUCAACCCGGCGAUUAUCUUCUUAUUCCGCCUGCAACUGCAGGCGGGGUUCUUACACUUACUGUACAGCACUCACGCAUCAAGGCCAUGAUGAAGAACGCUUUCCCUCGGAUCGACGCAGACUUGGCCUUUCAUCAGGCGUUCCCGGACUCACUCGGCCGGAGUCAGUCCGUAGUCAAAGCCAUGGUCAACGCCUCAAACGAAUUAGGGUUUCGCGGCCUCGCAGCACGUAUUCGCAUGGACAACACGUUCACCCGGAUCCUCACGUCAAUCCCCAACCAACGUGUCAGCACGUUUCGGAGCGCCAUCAAGAAGAGCACGGACGCCCAUGUCACCGCGUUCUACCAGAUCGUUCCGAAUGCGUGCGCUGAGAAGAUCACCUGGUUGUUUGAGCACCUCACGUACAUAUAUCCUUAUGAUUAUGAAAGGCGUACAAUCCCGUGGAACAAGCCUUACCAAAAUCCGGCAGUAGGGGCGCUCCUGCGCACCAACUUCUUUGGCGGUGGAGGCUCCUUCGCUCACAAGCACGCCGGACGGUUCUCGUCGAGCCUGGUGUCCCGCCCUAAUGAGAUCGAGAUCCCGCCCGCAAUGCUUGCGCUUGUCGCCACUGCUCUGCACGCCUCCCUCAUGGAAUGGAAGUCAGGGGUCCAUAGGCCCUUCCCGUUCUCGGCGGAGGCCUAUGUUGAUGUAUACAACGAGCACUACAUGCUCAUCAUGGGCAUUCGCAAGCAGAACGCCCGUGCUUAUCAUACCAUGAUGCACCGUCUCUUCAACGUCGCCUCCGGAGAGCUCCCCGCGGUGGGUCCGGCACCUGGUGCGAAUGCGUUCGCACAGGUCGACGUCGACGCUAUGGACGUCGACUGAGGGCAUCGCCCCAUCGUAUGUAUCCAACACGCUCCCGGCUCAGUCAGCAGCGAUCACUUGAAGCUGCCAACGUCCUGUCAUUACCCAUCUCCUAUCACUGUUCCCGUCACAGUGUUCUAUCUCUGUUUCGCCCCUGUUCCUGCCGCGGCCUGAUGCGCUCAUCACCACUGUCAUUUCUCCUCUGCACCAUCAUUACC